UGAAGCUGGCUAAAGCCUGUGCUCGAGUGCUAAUGCGGCCCUGCCUCCUGGGUCAAAAAUAUUAUAUUUUUACAACCAUGGAUAGUAAAUAAUGUCAGGGCAUUCAAAGAUGACUGAUAAAAUUCAGUCGGGUCAGCCUCAGCCCAUCGUCAAGAUAGGUCACUACACUCUCGGGCAAACUCUGGGCGUGGGAACAUUUGGGAAAGUUAAAAUUGGAGAACAUGUCCUGACCAAGCUCAAGGUCGCUGUGAAGAUUCUGAAUCGUCAAAAAAUCAAAAGUCUCGAUGUCGUUGGGAAGAUACGAAGGGAGAUUCAAAAUCUCAAACUGUUUCGACAUCCUCACAUUAUUAAACUAUAUCAAGUAAUAAGCACACCAACGGAUAUCUUCAUGAUCAUGGAAUAUGUAUCUGGAGGAGAAUUGUUCGAUUACAUAGUCAAGCAUGGAAAACUCAAGGAGUAUGAGGCCCGAAGGUUUUUUCAGCAAAUUAUAUCUGGUGUGGAUUACUGCCACCGACACAUGAUUGUUCACCGUGAUUUGAAGCCGGAAAAUUUACUUCUAGAUCAUAAUCUCCAUGUUAAGAUUGCAGACUUUGGCCUAUCCAAUAUGAUGACCGAUGGAGAAUUUUUAAGAACAUCUUGUGGCUCUCCGAAUUAUGCAGCACCUGAAGUUAUCUCAGGAAAAUUAUACGCAGGUCCGGAAGUCGAUAUUUGGUCCUGCGGAGUUAUUCUUUAUGCACUGCUUUGCGGCACUCUGCCUUUUGACGACGAGCAUGUGCCAACUCUGUUUAGAAAAAUUAAAACCGGCAUUUUUCCUAUUCCGGAAUAUUUGAACAAAUCUGUGGUCAGUUUGCUAUGUCAUAUGCUGCAAGUAGACCCGAUGAAAAGGGCGACUAUAGAAGAUAUCAAAAAGCACGAAUGGUUCCAGAAAGAAUUGCCCACUUAUCUGUUUCCUUCACCAGUCGAGCAAGAUUCUUCCGUGAUCGAUACGGGGGCUGUUAGUGAAGUUUGUGAAAAGUUCAACGUCAAGGAUAGUGAAGUACACUCUGCGCUACUCAGUUGUGACCCUCACGAUCAAUUGGCAAUUGCUUAUCACCUAAUAAUUGAUAACAAAAGGAUCGCUGACGAGGCUGCGAAAGCGGAAUACAAGGACUUUUACGUUGCCUCCAGUCCUCCACCAGUUGCCUUUAGUCCGAGCGACUCAAACAACAGUCCACUACGUCCACACCCAGAGAGAAUCGCUCCAUUGCGCGAAACCAAAAAUCCUCAGGGUGGCGCUUCGGCGCAGAUUCAAAGUGGAGCAACUGGUGCAAGCCGCGGAACACCUGUGAAACGAUCCAAAUGGCAUCUUGGCAUCAGGUCUCAGUCGAAGCCUAACGAUAUUAUGAAUGAAGUGUAUCGUGCUAUGGCAGCCCUAAAUUUUGAAUGGAAAAUCAUCAAUGCGUACAGCGUCAGAGUUAGACACAAGAACAAAGUGACUAAUAAAUACAGCAAAAUGUCUUUACAACUCUAUCAAGUAGAUUACAAAAAUUACUUGCUUGAUUUUAAAUCGAGAUCAAGCGAGGACACAGAGAGCGUCAAUGAAGAUUCUAUGAAUACCCAGUCACAACUAACUGGUCACCACACAAUGGAAUUCUUUGAAAUGUGCGCAGCGUUGAUAACGCAAUUAGCUCGUUAAACUUUAAAGAACG